AUGGAUUGUGCCAUGUUCAGCACAGUACCUGCUAUACAAAAUUGUCCAGAUGGCUACGACUCUUCCAAAAAGCCUCCAAUUUCCUUCUUUCAAACUCCAGGAAUCAGCAACUCAUCAGUAGGUGCUCCCACGAUUAGUAUAAAUCCUUUCUACGGCAAGGUCUUGGACUCGAUUGCAGUGUCUCCCAUCGACACCGACGAAAUUUCUGCUCUCCUCCACGCCUACGGCAAAGCUCUGAAAAGCCGGAAUGUGGACGAAGCAGUCGCUCUUUACACGGAAGACGGGGUCAUCAUGCCGCCGCACUUUUCGGCCAGUACAGGCACUGAGGCUCUACGCGACUCAUACACACGCAUUUUUGCAACCAUUCAGCUCGUUAUCACCUUCCAGAUCGAAGAGAUCGUUGUUAUGUCUCCGGAGUGGGCUUUUGCCAGGACGACGGCUGAGGGAACGAAAACGAUACUUGCCACCCAGGAGUCUGAGCCACAUGCGAAUCAGGAAUUGUUCAUCUUGAGGAGGGAGCAUAGGAAGUGGCUUAUUGCUAGAUAUGCCUUUUCUAGCAUGAAGCCGUUGGUGCAGAAUGGGAUUCGACGGAGUUAGGAUUCUGGGUUAGCUGUUGAUGUGUCGGAG